UCCGGCUCCGGAGGCUACUUGCUCGCCUCUGCGAAGCCGCCUUUGGCAGUCGGUCGGUGGGAGUUUAGCGCAGCCAAGCGACCGACCGGAGAGCCACGUCGGACAACAGCCAGCAGCGAGCACGGCUGCCGCUCGCUCCACGCCCGGCAACUUUGGGCUCUCCUUCGCCAAGAGGCUCCCGAGCGGGGAGGAAGGGGGCGUCCUGGAGGCAGAGAGCGGAGGAAGAUGAGGGCGCUUGGGAGGCUGGGGUCGGGCUCCCUGGCGUCGCCUGCGGACAGCUGGAAAGCCGGAUCCCCCCCUGGGGCGCUCCUCGCAGAUCCCAGCCGCGGCGCCCCCAGGAGGGCUGCGGCCCCGCUCCCGGGACUGAAGGGCUCUAGCCACUCGGCUCCCCAGCCCCGCGGCGAGUUGCGGGGGUUGUGAAGGCGGACGGCGAGGGAUCUCGAGGCGGGGCUGCGAAGCUUGCGCCCAGGCUAGGCGGCUGGCCGUCGGUGCCCUGGCUGAUGCCGACUCCGGGAGCCCCCCAGGCGCCCGGAGUGAGCGGGGAACCCUUCCACUUGUAUGGCCGGGAGAGGAGCGCCUAGCGUCGGAGGAGGAGGCUGAUGCGGCCAGCCGGCGGGGGAGAAGCGGGCUUCCCCGGGGCGCGCCGGGCAUCUGGCUCUCCAGGGAUGUGGAGGCUGGGCGUGUGGUGGCUCCUGAGCAGGGUCUGCCUCUUGCUCCUGCCCCCCUGCGCCCUCGUGCUGGCCAGGGUGCCCGGCUCCUCUUGCCAUCCUCACCCCUGCCAGAUCCUCAAGCGGAUCGGGCACACGGUCCGGAUCGGGGCGGCGCACCUGCAGCCUUGGGCUGCCACCACUGCCCCAGCCGGCGCUGGAGGCUGGGGCGCGCGCAAUGACCUCCCGCAGGCGGGAAUGCCCGCCGGAGAAGGAGAAGGAGCCGCGGGCGCCCCCGAAGCGCAGGGCGCACUUGGACGCCGGGAACCUCGUCGGCAACGAAAGCCGGGACCGGGAUCUCCCGCCUUGCUGCCCAGGGAGGCGCUCCUGCUGGCGGUGGAGAACCUCAACCGCGUCAAGGGGCUCCUGCCCUACAACCUGUCCCUGGAGGUCGUGAUGGCCAUCGAGGCCGGGCUGGGCGACCUCCCGCUCUUCCCCUUCUCUUCCCCCAGCGCCACCUGGAGCAACGACCCCAUCUCGUUCUUGCAGAGCAUCUGCCACACCGUGGUGGUCCAAGGGGUCUCCGCCAUCCUCGCUUUCCCGCAGACCAGGAGCGAGAUGCUGGAGAUGGACUUCGUGGCCACCGCUCUGCACAUCCCCGUCAUCAGCAUCGUGCUCAACGAGUUCCCCAGGAAGAGCCAGAACCCUCUUCACCUACAGUUGAGUUUAGAAAGCUCGUUAAGCUUUGACGCAGAAGUCACUUUCUCCAUCUUGGCCUUGAACAACUGGUACAAUUUCAGCUUGAUGGUCUGCCAGGAGGAAUGGAACAUCACCGACUUCCUCUUCCUCACGCAGCAGAGCUCCAAAUUCCAUUUGGGAUCCAUUAUAAACAUCACAGGAAACCUCACAUCAACCAGCGACCUCUUGGACUACUUGCAGGUUCAUCUGGAGAACAUUAAGGACACGACAUCGACGGUGGUCAUGUUUGGCUGCGACAUGGAAAGCACAAGAAGGAUUUUUGAGAUAACUACCCAGUUUGGGGUGAUGCCGCCUGAACUUCACUGGAUUCUUGGGGAUUCACACAAUGUGGAGGAGCUGAGGACAGAAGGUUUGCCGUUGGGUCUCAUAGCUCACGGGAAAACAUCGCAGUCUUUUUUUGAAGACUAUGUGCAGGAUGCGAUGGAGCUGGUGGCUAAAGCUGUCGCUGCUGCCACGAUGAUUGAACCAGAAUUGGCUCUUAUCCCGAGCACCACUAACUGCUUGAAUGUGGAAGAAAAAAAUAUCACUUCAGGACAGUAUUUAUCAAAGUUUUUAGCCAACACCACCUUUUAUGGGCUCAGUGGUCACAUUAAAGUGAAAGGUUCCUCCAUCAUCAGUUCCAAAAACAACUUCUUCAUUUGGAAUCUGCAGCAUGACCCUGUGGGGAACCCUAUGUGGACUCGUCUGGGCAGCUGGCAAGAAGGCAGGGUCAUAAUGGACUAUGGGAUCUGGCCAGAACAGGCCCAGAGGCACAAGAGUCACAACCAGCAUCCUACCAGGCUGCACCUGAGAGUAGUGACCCUCAUCGAACCCCCGUUUGUGUUCACAAGGAAUGUGGAUGAUGAAGGACUGUGCCCAGCGGGGCAGCUCUGCCUGGAUCCCUUGACUAAUAAUUCAGCAGUGCUGGAUACUCUCUUUGAUAGCCUCCAAGGAGGCAACGACACGGUGCCCACUGAACUAAAGAAGUGCUGUUAUGGCUAUUGUAUAGAUCUAUUGGAAAAGUUGGCUGAAGACAUGAACUUUGAUUUUGACCUGUACAUUGUUGGGGAUGGGAAAUAUGGGGCUUGGAAAAACGGCCAGUGGACGGGGCUCGUGGGGGACCUCUUGGCGGGGACCGCCCACAUGGCCGUGACGUCGUUCAGCAUCAACACAGCCCGUAGCCAAGUGGUUGAUUUCACCAGCCCGUUUUUUUCCACCAGCUUGGGCAUCCUGGUGAGAACCAAAGACACGGCGGCUCCCAUUGGAGCUUUUAUGUGGCCGCUCCACUGGACCAUGUGGCUGGGGAUAUUUGUGGCUCUCCACAUCACCGCCAUCUUCCUCACCCUCUACGAAUGGAAAAGCCCUUUCGGGAUGACCCCAAAGGGAAGGAAUAGGAACAAAGUGUUUUCUUUCUCCUCUGCCUUGAACGUCUGUUAUGCCAUCUUGUUUGGCAGAACAGCUGCCAUCAAACCCCCCAAGUGCUGGACUGGAAGGUUUUUAAUGAACCUCUGGGCCAUAUUUUGUUUAUUUUGUCUGUCAACAUACACUGCUAAUCUGGCUGCUGUCAUGGUAGGGGAGAAAAUCUACGAAGAGCUAUCUGGAAUACAUGACCCCAAGCUUCAUCAUCCCUCACAAGGGUUUCGCUUUGGAACGGUGCGAGAAAGCAGCGCUGAGGAUUAUUUCAAGCAAAGUUUUCCAGAUAUGCACGAAUACAUGAAGCGGUACAAUGUGCCUGCAACUUCAGAUGGAGUGACAUACCUGAAGCAUGAUCCGGAGAAAUUGGAUGCCUUCAUCAUGGAUAAAGCACUCCUGGAUUAUGAAGUAUCAAUAGAUGCGGACUGCAAACUUUUGACUGUCGGGAAACCAUUUGCUAUUGAAGGAUACGGUAUUGGCCUUCCUCCAAACUCUCCACUAACUUCCAAUAUCUCCGAACUCAUAAGCCAGUAUAAGUCCCAUGGUUUCAUGGACGUCUUGCAUGACAAGUGGUACAAGGUCGUGCCGUGUGGGAAAAGGAGCUUUGCUGUGACUGAGACCUUGCAAAUGGGCAUUAAACACUUUUCAGGACUGUUUGUGAUGUUAUGUGUCGGGUUUGGUUUGUCAAUUCUCACUACCAUUGGAGAACACAUAGUAUACAGGCUGGUGAUCCCACGAAUUAAAAAGAAAUCCAGAAUGAGAUACUGGCUCCAUACAAGUCAGAGAUUGCACCGAGCUCUAAAUAGUUCGUUCAUUGAAGACAAACACCAGCCUAAAGCAAAACGAGUUGAAAAGAGGUCCAACGCAGGGAACAGCCAGCAUUCGGUGUGGAACACGGCCAACCCGGGCAACUGCCACCGGAAGAAAUACAUCUGCAGCGAGGAGCGCCCGACCGAAGUGAUCCUGAAGCAGCAGCAGCCGCCUCAGCAGCAGCAAGACAUCUCCCUCCCCCCGUUAAAGAGUGAGACCCCGGCCUCCUUGACCACCAACGGGAAAGCCGAGUCCCUUCACGCUGCGAGAACCUCCGUGAUGCAAGAACUGUCUGAGCUGGAAAAGCAGAUUCAGGUGAUCAAGCAAGAACUGCAGCUGGCCAUGAGCAGAAAACUGGAGCUGGAAGAGUUUCAGAGGACAAACAGGACCGCAGAGUCCUAAGGGGCUCCGUUCCCCACCUCUUCCCUAUAACAAUUCAAACAUGUACUUUUGGGGGAUAACGCCGGAAAGCAGCUGCGGAUAUCAGCAAGCAAUACUCGAGCUCCUGGCUCCCUCCGUGUCCAGGGGGAAGGCGGCCCCUCCGCAAGGUGACCCCAGACUAGGGGAAACGGAGAGCUUCCACACCACACGGCCUCCUGUUUUGCUCCUCACUCAAAGGGAAUUGCCACUUUUUCGCCCUUUCUGUGCAUUGAUUAAAAAGAAAGGAGAGUGAGACAAGACUUUGAAAUGAUGGUUUCGAAUUGUGUGUCCUGGUGAUGCUUUUAGUGGAUUUCGCUAAUCGAAAUUGUUACGGACCGACUGGGGUCAUGUCCCAGACGGCUGAUCUCUUUGUGCUCCUGUUCAGUUAUUUCGCUUCACCAAUCUGGUUGGUGGAAGAGAGGGUGCCCUCAAAGAGCCAAAUCGAAGGGGGGGGGGAUGUUUCUGUGACGUCAAACAAUGGUCCGCUCGCUGGUUAGCAAGACCGGGGAGAUGGAAGGCAUAGAAUUCUGAACUCUUUUAAGACUUUUCAAAUGCUGCUCUACAAAAUCUUCCUAGAUGUAGACAACUAGCCCAUCAGGGAGAGGGUGAUGCUAAACCACUCCCUCUGGUGUAAUUUACUACAUGCAGGGAAUGUAGUGGAAUACAAGCAAGAGGGAGCAUUCAAAAAUAUAGCCCCCCUUUCAUUUGGAAGUUGGAAUCAUACACUCCAGACUUUGGCUGCCCAUCAUUUGGCAUAGUAUGUAAACCAAUGAUCAAAUGCACUACAUUUUCCUUAGAAAAUUCAGCUCUCCCCCUAUUUCCCUAGUUGGGAUUCACCGCCAAGGCAAAGGCAGGUCUUUCCGGUUCUUUCCAUUUGCAAAGGACCUCCCAGCUACUUCUAGCAGGCCCCGUGCUCCCAACAGAAAUAAACGACAAAGCGUCCUGUUCUUUUGGAAAGCUACAGGUAGCUUUACCUGUUGUUUGAUGGCGUUGCCCGUUCCGCCUCUCCCUCUCUCAUCUCUUUGGCCUAUUUUCCCCAAUCACACUCGAGGGACCUGUCAUUUUUAGGCUGGUGAGGAAUCGCAGGCCCCAAGACACCCCUAUGGCUUAAUGUUUUUGAAGUGCAGUGGUAUCUUUCAGUGAAACGUGUUGUGUGAGUUGCCGGCGGUGGCUUGCUAUCCAGUUGUAAAUGUCUGUUCUUCAUGCAGGUGCCAUGCAAGGAGUGGGUUAAUGUGUGGUAUACAACCACCUGGCAAAUCAUUCCCCCAUCCCACCUCAUCCAACCCUUACGUGCACAGGCUGGUAGGGCCCAGGUUUUUUUGGAGCUGUGCAGUCCCAGUUUGUGGUGGCCCCCCCAGUCUGGUCAACCUGCAUUUUGGUCAUCUCAGAGUUAAAGUGGAUUAUGUACCAAGAUGGACAUAUCUGCUUGGUUACAACCAGCAUGGUUUAUAACCCCAACCAUUCAUUGCGAAGACCUUAUGCAGAGGGGCAUGGACAUGACUACGAAGGAGCUAGCUCUUGCACCGUCGGAAGUCACAUGUAAAUUGAACCUUGACUCGUCUGACUUGGCAACAGGUUGAGGUUCAAGAUCUUCUGCUAACUGGGGAUUGAUAAGAGGAAAGAUAGUUUGUGAGUGUGGGCAUAUAUUUCAGGGAGCAUUCCCAAUAUCUAACAACCUGAACGUGACUAUACAGAGGAGAUGGAACUGACCACCAAACCUUGGUCUACACCUCCCUUCCCACCAUAAAACCAGACAUCUUAAAAAUACAAAUGUAUAUGAUGGGCAACGCUUGGAGAAGGUCCCCUUCUACCGUUAUCUGACCCCACUCAAAACUACCUCUCUCUUGCCCCUCUCAAAUAUAAGUAGUAUUGUUCAAAUAUCCAACCAAAAGCCAGCGCUAAAAUACAUUGAACAUCAACCAUGUGGAAUUAAUAAUGAAGUCUUUCCUUGACUUCCAAAAAUCCCCCCGCCAUCUUCCGUUUCUGGAUGAAAACUCUGGUUUUAAGGGGGGGUUGGGAGGGGGUCAUAGUUGUAUGUUUUUGGUUUUAAAUAAAUUUUAAUACUAUUUUUAGGCUGGUU